AUGUACCCCCUCCUACCCGUCCAAAAACCAUUUAUUGUUCCUGGUGGUCGAUUCGAUGUUUAUUUCUAUUGGGAUACUUACUGGAUAAUCAAGGGGUUGCUGGUCUCCAAAAUGUACGAGACAACGAAAGGAAUCAUAGAAAACUUCUCGAGUCUAGUUGUAACACUUGGGUUUAUUCCGAAUUCGGGUAAUAUUCAACUAACACGACGAUCUCAACCUCCUUUAUUCCCACAUAUGAUUUGGGAGUAUACAAAAGCUACGAGUACAUUUGACAAGAAAUGGAUGGAGAGUAUGGAAAUGGAAAUGAGUUUUUGGGAGAAGAACCGGACGAUAGAGGUUGAAGGACAAACGUUAUUUGCAUACAGAACACUAUCCAACUGCCCAAGACCAGAAAAUUUCCGUGGAGACUACCAAAUCGGUAUGAACUCAUCCGACCCUUCCAGUGUUUGGAGGUCUAUUUCAUCUGCAUGCGAGAGUGGGUGGGAUUUUAGUUCUCGGUGGAUGCAGAGCAAUAACACAGCUGACUUAUCCAGUAUCCACACCGAUCAAAUAGUUCCUGUAGACUUGAAUGUGAUUAUUGCAAAAAAUUAUAUUAUUUUGGCGUCAUAUUCGGAUCAUUUUGGGAAUUUUGAUAAGGCUGCUGUAUACCGAAGAAAGUUUGACCAACUGAGUGAUGCGAUCCAAAAAAUUUUCUGGGAUGAUAAAAAGGGCGCAUGGUUUGAUUAUGAUAUACCCACUAAAAAAAAGAACUUGAACUUCUACCCUUCCAAUGUUUAUCCACUGAUGCUUCCCGGUUUCGAACAGUUUUCCGCCAAGGUUGAGGGGUACAUAAAAUCAUCAGGAGCACUGAAUUAUGCUGGUGGUAUUCCAUCAUCUCUACCCGCUAACUCUGUGCAGCAAUGGGAUUUUCCAAAUGUCUGGGCACCAAAUCAACAUUUUGUGAUUCAAAGUUUUCUUGCUUCCAAUUGCAGUUUUUUGCAACAGGAAGCAAAAAAGCAAGCCGCGUCUUUCAUAGAAACAGUUUACAAUGGGAUUUACAACCCUGUUGGUGUAGUUGGUGGUGGAGUAUGGGAGAAAUAUGACGCAAGAAGUACUGGAGGUGCUCCAGGAGCCGGAGGAGAAUAUAUUGUCCAAGAAGGUUUUGGAUGGACAAAUGGAGCUGUGUUAGACCUAAUUUGGACAUUCCGACAAGAUCAACACCAAAGACAAGAGAAAUCGGAAGAUAUUGAGAAUGUGACACUCAAUAGGUCCCAACAAUCAGCUCUGGUCUAUGCAGCUGGUGGAUUCUGUGCAAUUGUUGCUAUUACUGUGCUUGCAAAAGGUCUCAUUUCACGAAAAAAACAAAAUCGACGGGGAGACGAUCUGGAAUCAAGUGCAUUACUUCUCGGUGAUGACGAUGACGAUCAAGAAGAGUUAUAG